AUGGCAUCCCGUAUCAACCAGCUCACUUCCCAACUACAAGAGCAGACCCAAAGCUCAGUCGUCGUCUCAGAAAACCGCACAUCUGCCUCAAAGAUUGGCGUCAAAAGUCAAGACGAUGUAGUGAUUGUAGCAGCUGUCCGUACUCCAAUCACCAAGGCUCGUCGAGGUGGUCUCAAGGACACCACUCCAGAUCUCUUAUUGGCUACUGUAUUGAAGGGAAUCCUCGACCGUACCAAGAUCAACCCAGCUCUUGUUGAGGACAUCCAAGUCGGCAACGUUUUACCUCCAGGCGGUGGAGCAACACAAGCCCGUAUGGCUGCCUUGGCUGCUGGAUUCCCUGACACCACCUCUGUCUGUACCGUAAACAGACAAUGCUCAUCUGGCCUACAAUCUACUCACUACAUCGCUGCCGCUAUCGCUACUGGUACCAUUGAAAUCGGUAUUGGUGCAGGUGUUGAGAGUAUGUCGACCCAAUACGGAAACGCUCCAGCUGCCAAGGUUGAUCCUAAAAUUCUCGCCGUCCCAUCUGCUGCUGACUGUUUGAUUCCCAUGGGUAUCACCUCAGAAAACGUUGCUUCUGACUUUGGCGUCUCUCGUGAAAGCCAAGACAAGCUGGCCGUAGCAUCCAACCUCAAGGCUGCCAAGGCAUGGGCUUCCGGGUGGUACGACGAAGAAAUCGUACCAGUACACACCGAAGUCAUUGGUGCUGAUGGCAAAAAGACUCCCGUCACCGUCACCCGUGACGACGGUAUGAGAGCCGACACCACCUUGGAAGGUUUGGCUAAAUUGAAGCCUGCAUUCAAGGCAGGAGGAACCACCACUGCUGGUAACUCGUCUCAAGUAUCUGACGGUGCUGCUGCCGUUCUCUUGAUGAAGAGAUCAAAGGCUCAGGAACUAGGUUUGACCAUCCUUGGCAAGUUCGUUGCUUUUGCUACUGCUGGUGUUCCCCCACGCGUUAUGGGAAUUGGCCCAGCUUUUGCCAUCCCUAAAGUUCUAGCUCACGCUGGCAUAACCAAGGGAGACGUCGACAUCUACGAAAUCAACGAAGCCUUUGCUUCUCAAGCUGUCUACUCUAUUGAGAAAUUGGGUCUUGACUACGCCAAGGUCAACCCCAAGGGUGGUGCCAUUGCCAUCGGUCAUCCAUUAGGUUGCACUGGUGCUCGUCAAAUCGCCACCAUAUUGCCCGAACUCAAGCGACAAGGAAAGAAGAUUGGUGUCACCUCCAUGUGUAUUGGAUCUGGAAUGGGUGCUGCCUCUGUUAUCGAACGAGAAUAA